AUGGCGCACACACCGUCGCAGGUUUUACUUCCGCCACCUCUGACCACGGCCCGCAAGCCACGCACCUCCGCGACAAGUCACGUCCAACAGUCCGCCGCCGGCCACGCGAGCUCGCCGGCACCCCAGCCGUCCCCGGCGAAAACCUCCGCUUCCUUCCGGUCCCCAGGAUGCUCUUCGCGCGGCGCGCGGACCACCACUUCCGCUCGGCCCCGCAGGCCGAGGGGGCGGGGCGGAGCGGGGAGAUGGGCGGGGAGUUCCUUCCCAGCCGCUGUAAAAUCUUUCCGGCUAGAAACAAAUUGCGACAAUUCCGUUCCGCGGCGAGACUCUCGCGAGCCUGCGCGUGGCGAAGGGCGAGAACUGCGGUGCUGCAGCGCGGCGCGUUCGCCGGGGUCAGUAGAGGGCGCCGCACGCCCGUGCUCUGACGGCCCCGCGGGCCGCGCCGUCACUGGAUCCCGAGAGGGGCGGGAGCGUCCUGCGCGGGGUUGGUUUUCUCUCCUCAUCAGUGUGGAAGUUAACGUUCGUGCUCUGCUGCGUGCCCCACGUUGUGCGCCAGGUGUUGCAAUCCACCGCAUGCUAACCUGCAAGGCAGUAACGGAGACGGGACCAUGGAAUUGAAGUUUAGGGCUCCAGGGGACCUGUAGCCUUCGGCCAGCUUCACAUUUACAAAGUGUUUUUGCUUUUGUCUUCUGACAGCAGCUCUUUCCUCAAGUGCCAAUAAAAUCUUCUCAUGA